CUAGCAAACACAUGCGGUGAGAGUGACAAGGAGGCAAAAAAGCAAAGCAAAGCCUUGGGCGCCAACUCCGUGAGGGCCUCAUAGCGGACGCAGCGUUGAAGACGGUGGUGACCGUGAAGUGGCGUUUACCGAAGCGGCGCAACCUCCAGACGUCAAUCACACGGCACCUGCCACUCACUUCACCACCAGGCGCUCUCAGGCUCGGCACGUCCAACGACGCACCUCUGCUGCCAGCGCCGCGACACAACGUAACUUUAACUCUGGUCGCUUGCCGGCGUCAUAGGUCAUGGAUAACCAUCUGCCCUUUGGGUAUACGCACAGACAGAAGCGCUCGCAUGACACGAUGGAGGGCAACGCAGGGCCCGCCUGGAGCUUUGAAAACCUUACGCCCUUUACCAGCCUUGGUGUUCCCCGCGAGCACUCGGUACCGCGCCCGCAGGAACCCUCUCACAGCGCAAGCCGCCGCGGGUCCGCCUCGCAACCGAACCACUACGCUGCUGCAGGGCAGCCCGCUCGCACGCCUGACGCCGAUGCGGUGCGAGCACGCUUCUCAGCCUCACGAGAACGACCAACGCCAGCAGACGACCGUCAGGCCUCAGCUGGCCCCGCAGACCAAGGUGCACGAGGGCGCCCUUUCUAUACGGCACACAUCGCCCAGAACAUGGAGUAUGCACAGCUUCCGCGCUUCGAGGGCGACGGGUUCGAUAUGAGGAGACCCGCGGGCUGGCAGCCGAGAGCAGACGGACACAACGCAGCCGAGGACCGACAUCUGGUCGAGAUAAGCGAUGGCGAGGACGACGAGCUGGUCGGCGAGGACGAGGAUGGAGACGACAUUGCGGCAUACAACCGUCAGGUGCGGGAGGAGGGGUACGGGUCGGAAGACGUUGUCGACUUGACUGAGGACGACGCUCCCUUUCCCAACUGGCAGCCACAGAACAACCGACCAAUGCACAAUCACGACCGACCGCGAUCGCAGCCGGGACAUGCAGGUCACCCGCCGCACAACGACGCUGCCCGUCUGCCACGGGGCAUGGCCGGCAUCAUCAAUCUGGACAACGGCGACGAAGCAUGGGAACUAGACGAACCCGCCGCUCUCGAGCCGUCUUCGCCGGACAUCCAGUUUGUGUCCGCACGUCGUCUUGACCCGUCGAGCCGCCAUAACGACUCGGAUGGAGACGACGUGCAGUUUGUGCAGGAGCGACCUCUGACAAACGACGAGAGACGGAUCCGACAGCGUGCUGCACAAGACGCAGAAUUGAACCGAGUCAUGGCGGUAAUCGGAGCGCACAGAAACGACCGAUAUAGCUUUGCGCACCUUCGAGGAGAGAUUGACCGUACCAACGCCCACAUCCAGCAUUUGGCCGACCACAUGCGUCAAGGCGGCCCGCAGCCUCCGCCACGAAAUCGAGCUGGAAAUCACAUUCAACUAAGGAUGGGAAUCGCAGGGGGACGCCCUGAACUCUUUGUCGCACCGACUCUGAACUUUGGAGUCGUGGGUUUCGACCUGGGCUAUGAUGGUAACCGACCGGAGCCACCACCGCAGACGUAUGACGCGCCACCUCCAGCACCACAAGGUUUCACAAGAAGUCCAGAAGAAAAUGAUGUUCUUGUCUGUCCAAACUGCGAUAGCGAGUUGUGCAAGGGCGACGACGAUAUUAAGAAGCAGGUGUGGAUUGCUAAGCAAUGUGGUCAUAUCUACUGCGGCGAAUGCACAGCAAACCGAUCAGUCAAGCGCUCUGCAAAAGGAAAAGAGAAAGAGGGCGGACCAAAGACCAGGCCGUUCAAGGAGUGUGUCGUCGAAGGCUGCGGCAAGAGGGUCGCAAGCUCCAAGUCCAUGUUUCAGCUUUUUAUGCUGUAACAUGCAAACUAUUCUUUCAAUUUCCUCACUCUAACGACUCUCCUAUCGCUUAUAUAUACCACUUGGGCUUGGGGCUUGUUGCAUUUUGCAUAAUAUGGUGUUAAGCCAGCCGUCUCCUAGCUUGACCUAGGCAUCACGGCAUCAGCAAGGCGUUUGCGAAUCUUUCUUUGUUCUCUUGGUACGGUGCAGGGUCGGGUAUGCCCAUAGGGUGAAUAGUAAUGAUCUUGAUAGAUAUAUAUGUGUAUAUACCAGGAUUUGACUCGC